AUGGCGGCUGCCAGUGGCAGAUUUGAAAGUGAGAGAAGUAUAGAAGAGCGUAAAGAACAAACCCGGAUUGCCAGGGCCGAAGUGUUGCGCCAGGCUAAAGCUGAUUUUGAAAAAGGAGAAAGACGUAAAGAACUUAAGCGACUUCGGGGUGAGGAUACAUGGAUGUUACCUGAUGUGAACGAGCGAAUUGCACAGUUUUCACAGGAACACUCAGUGAAGAAAAAGAAGAAAAAAGAAAAGCAUUCAAAAAAGGUAAAGAAAGAUAAGAAGAAAAAGAGUAAGAAACAGAAGUAUGAAAAAAAUGAAUCAACUGAUAGUUCAUCUAGUUCUGAAGAUGAGUGGGUUGAAGCUGCUCCCUCGCAAAAUCCUAGCAAAGAAAAGGCCUGGAAAAUGAAAGAUAAAAAGUCAGAAAAAGAAGAUGACAACGAAACUCUUCAGAGGGAUGAAUGGAUGACUGUUGACUUUAUGUCUGUUAAAACUGUGUCAUUAUCAUCAGUCAAAGCAGAAAAAGAAACUCUAAGGAAAAUUGAGCAGGAGAAAGCCCAAGCUGUGGAGCAGUCCAAAUUGUUGCAAAGAGAAUUGAAUCCAUACUGGAAAGAUGGUGGGACAGGUCUACCACCAGAAGACUGUAAUGUGUCAUCAGUUGCUAAAGUUUCAGUAGUAGAAGAUGGUGGAUUAAGCUGGCUAAGGAAGUCUUACCAGAGAAUGAAGGAACAAGCCAAGAAACAAAAUAGAAAUUUUGAAGACAUUGUAGCUGAACGAUAUGGUUCAAUGGAAGUAUUUCAGUCGAAAUUAGAAGAAGCUGAAAAAACUGCAUCCAAAAAAGAAGAUUGUAGGCAAGAACGGUGGAGAAAGCCAACAUAUUCAGAUAAAUCACAAAGUAGUCAAGAAAGCAGAAGAUCAGACUUAGUAAAUUAUAAUAGAGGUUCCAGCGCUAAAUAUGGCAUAACAGAUAGUACAAACAAUAGUAAUAAAGACAACUUUAGUGAUGCUGAAAAAGAUAAUAAAUCUAGGUCUUCAGAAACGUGGAGAAGCAAAUCCAAUCCAAGGCAAAGUCAACAGUUUUCUUCUCUUGGUAAUUUGAGACCUAAAUUUUUAAGACCUUCUGAUGAUGAAGAACUAUCAUCUCAUAGCAAGGGCAGAAAUUUUGAACUUCCUUGUUCAUCUUCAGCAUUGGCUGCUCAGGUCUCUUUGCAUCAUGGUUUUCAAAAACCCAGAGAGAACAGUGAAAAAAGUGUAUCAUCAUGGAGACGAUCUGACAGGAGAGAAGGAGACAAGAAACGCUCAAAUCAAAAGUCAUGGGAAACCAGUAGCAGUGCUGACUACGGACACUUCCCAGGAGAUUUGAGGGAAAAGCCACAGGAUGAGAGCUUGAGAGAGAACACUUCCAAAGAAGUACAUCUGCAAGACACAAAGUCUUCUGUAUCUGGUAGUUCAGAGGAUGAGUCUAUCCACAUCCUGAGUGUUGAUGAGAAGAACAAGUUGGGAGCCAAGAUUAUCAAGGCAGAGAUGAUGGGAAAUAUGGAAUUAGCUGAAAAACUUAAAGUCCAGCUUGAAAAGGCAAAUAAAUUCAAAGAAACUGCAACACAUAUAUCAUCAAAAAAAUCUGCAGUUAAGUUUAUGGGGAAAACAGAUGGAGACUAUUACACUCUGGAUGACAUGUUUGUCUCUAAAGCAGCUGAGAGAAAACGUCUUGGUGAAGACGAAGAGAACCAGAGGAAAAAAGCUAUUGCCGAGCAUCGGAGUCUUGCUGCACAAAUGGAAAAUUGUCUGUAUUGUUUUGACAGUGCUCAGUUUCCUAAGCACCUUAUUGCUGCAAUAGGUGUUAAGGUUUAUUUGUGUUUACCCAACUUUCGGUCACUUACUGAGGGCCACUGCCUUAUAGUCCCUUUGCAGCACCAUAGAGCAGCUACCUUAUUGGAUGAGGACAUCUGGGAGGAAAUUCAGAUGUUCAGAAAAUCUUUGGUAAAGAUGUUUGAAGAUAAAGGGUUGGACUGCAUAUUUUUAGAAACUAAUAUGAACAUGAAGAAACAGUAUCAUAUGGUUUAUGAAUGCAUUCCUCUCCCAAAGGAAGUGGGUGAUAUGGCGCCCAUCUAUUUUAAGAAAGCCAUAAUGGAGUCUGAUGAAGAGUGGUCCUUGAACAAGAAGUUGAUAGAUCUUUCUUCAAAAGAUAUCAGAAAAUCCGUACCCAAAGGCUUACCUUAUUUCUCUGUGGAUUUUGGUCUCCAAGGAGGGUUUGCCCAUGUCAUUGAAGAUCAGCACAAAUUUCCUCAUUACUUUGGAAAGGAAAUCAUUGGUGGGAUGCUGGAUAUAGAACCAAGACUUUGGAGGAAAGGAAUCCGAGAAAGCUUUGAGGAUCAGAGGAAGAAAGCACUACAGUUUGCUCAGUGGUGGAAACCAUAUGACUUCACCAGAAGUAAAGAAUGUUGA